AUGGAAUAUCCUGAUCAGCUGGAUUUCAGUUUAAAGGAUGUCCUCAAAAAACUGGACAAAAACCAGUUGUGCAUGUUCAAGAUUGCAUUAAAGAAGUGUUCUGUGCCAGAUACGCUGAAACAGAUCCCUGAGGUGACAGUGAACCUGGCCAAUGAAGGUCAGCUAAUAGAAAUUCUCAUGGAGUACUGCCCCAGUGGUUGGGUAGAGAAAGUUCUCGUCCAGAUCUUAGAGAAGAUAAGCCGUGCAGAUCUAGCUGAAUUAGUGAUGAAACAACUUGACGAAGCAGCGUUGAAAGCACCCGAGGAAGCUGCACCACCAAAAGAAGUAUCCUUUGAGCCACCAGUUUUUGAGGAGAUACAGCAACAAGGACUUGAAAAACCAGAACAUGAGCAGAAAAAGAUUUGGAAGACUACAUACAUAGACAAAUGGAAGAAUAACUUUUGGCCUAUAAGCAAUGAAGAAAUCUAUGUGGCUACUGAGAGCUACAGGACACUCAUGACAUUGUGUAAUCCUAAGGCAGAGAUGCCAUUUGCUCAUACAAUAGUGCUUCAUGGCCCUCCAGGAUCUGGAAAAACCACAAUGGCAAAAAGACUAAUGCUAGAAUGGUCAGAGAGCAAGCAGGCCCAGAUGUACCCAUGUGCUUUCUAUAUCAGCUGCAGGGAACUUAAUAAUAGUAAUUCUUGCACUUUUGCACACCUCUUAUCCUUGUACAUUGAGCCCUGGAGGGAUCUUGUGAUGCAGGCCCUAGGCUUGGCAAAGAAAUUCUUGUUUGUGGUGGACGGUUUUGAUGAGCUGGCCGUCCCAGCAGGAGCUCUGAUCAGUGAUAUCUGUAGUGACUGGAACACGGUGCAGCCUGCAGCUGUCUUACUAAGCAGUUUGCUGAAAAGGAAGAUGCUACCUCAUGCCACACUGCUGGUGACCACACGGACAGAGGCUUUACAGCAAAUCCACCUCAUGAUAGAUCAGCCCCUGCUUAUAGAGACUAAGGGCUUCUUGGAGAAGGAAAAGUGGGAGUACUUUCAGAAAUACUUUGAGGAGGAGGCAGAGACAGAGGAGGAGGAAGGUGCAGAAAAGGCACUGCAAGCUUUCAAUGCAGUGAGAAGCAGUGCUGCUCUCUUCCAAAUGGCCCCACUUCCUGCUGAAUGUGGGAUAUUCUGCCUUUGCCUGGAGCUAGGCAUAAAGAAGAGGGAAGACCUUGCUCUGACAUGCCAGACUCAAACCUCCAUGUUCCUGAACUUCCUCUAUAGAAUCUUCUCACCAGAAAUCUAUGAAGACCAUCUCAACACUGAACUGCAAAUCUUGUUCAAGAAAAUAUGUAUGCUGGCUGCUGAUAGUCUGUUGGAGAAGCUGUCUGUAGUCUUUGAAGAAGACUUCUUGAAAUUAAAAUUGGACCUGAAUAAAUUGCAUCCCAUAAUAUCCAAGUACAUUCUCCCUAAAAACUCUUCCAGUAAAAAAUGUCUCUCCUUCAUCUGCCUCAGUAUCCAGCAGCUAUUAGCUGCUAUAGUAUUUGUUCAGGAACUUGGGCAGGAAGGCAAGAAUGUCUCCAAAUAUAAUAUGCAGAAUAUGCUUUCUAGAGAAGCAAGAUUUAAAAACCCCAACCUGUCUGGAGUGCUGCUGUUUGUAUUUGGCCUCUUGAAUAAGACACGAAUUCAAGAGUUGAAGAGCAUUUUUGGCUGCCAAAUAUCAACUGAGGUCAAGAGGAAAUUCCUGGAGUGUGAGUCAGGGGAAAAUAAGCCUCUCCUAUUACUGAUGGAUCUACAGGAGAUGUUGUCCUGUCUCUAUGAGUCUCGAGAGGAGGAGCUUGUGAAGGAAGCCAUGGCCACCUUUGAGGAAAUCUCCUUUCAUUUGAAAACCAACACAGACCUCAUACAUGCUUCAUUCUGCCUCAAGAAUUCCAAAAACUUGCAGACAAUGUCCCUGCAAAUAGAAAAGGGGGUCUUUCCAGAGAAUGAUGCUGUGUCAGAGUCCACAGAUCAAGAUCAAAGGUCCCAGGGUGACCAACACCUGCUAACUUUCUGGACGGACUUUUGUGAUGUGUUUAAUUCAAACAAGAAACUGGUUUUUCUGUACUUCAGCGAAAGUGUCUUCAACAGCUCCUCGCUACAGGUUCUUUGUGAAAGGCUGGCCUCUGCUCCCUGUCGCCUGCAGAAAGUGGUCCUCAAAAAUAUUUCCCCAGAUGAUGCUUACAAGAAACUGUGCCUCACUUUUAACGGUUACGAAGCCCUCUCACAUCUGACUCUGGAGGGUGGAAACCCAAACUCUGUGCUUCCCUCGGUGUGUGGGGUCCUGAAAAAUUCAGCAUGUAAACUGCAGUUUCUCAGGCUGGCAUCUUGUUCUCCCGCUGUUCAGAAAUGGACUGAGUUCUUCCGGGCCCUGAACGUCAAUAAAUCCCUGACCUGUCUGGACCUCGCAGACAACGAAUUCUUAGACAAGGGUGCCAAGCUGCUGUGUGAGGCUUGGAAGCGGCAAAAGUACAAACUGCACAGGGUGUCGUUGGAGAACUGUUGCCUUACUGAAGUCUCUUGCAAGGACCUCUCUUCUCUUUUGAUGGUCAGCGAGACUCUGACACAUCUCAACCUGUCCAAGAACGCUCUUGGGGAUGAUGGAAUAAAAGAUCUAUGUGAAAGAUUAAGCUCCCCCAAAUGUAAACUACAGACCCUGGUACUGUGGUCCUGUAACAUCACCAGCAAAGGCUGCGACCAUAUUGCAAAGAUGCUCAAGAAAAAAUCAAACCUGGAGCACUUGGAUCUAGGGGGAAAUAGCAUUGGAACCACAGGUGCAAGGUUUCUGUGUGAGGCUUUGAAGAGAUUUCAGAGUAAAUUGAAAAGUCUGUGGCUGUGUGGAUGCUCCAUCACUCCCAUCUGCGCCUGUGACUUCGCUGAGGCUUUCACAGAAAACAGCACCCUGAAGACUCUAGACCUGGCUCAGAACAACUUGGGACCUGAUGCAAUACUGUCAUUCUGUGGAGCAUUGGGACAUAACAUUUGCCCCCUUCAAACACUCAGGUUGCAAUUUGAUGAAACAAACCCCAGGAUACAGACGCUGAUCGAAAACAUGAAAAGGACGCAUCCACAAUUGACCAUUAAGAAUGACGAGCUGUAUUCUAAGAAAAGGAUAUCUUCCCUCCCUCAUUUCAUUUUUGAGGCCAUUGAUAAUCAUUGUCAUCCAGAGAAGUAG